AUGGCGAACCUUGCUCAGUUGGAGGCAGCUUCCAAAGAUCUUUCGACGGCACUUGGGGAGAUUCAAUCGCAUUAUAGGUACGGAGAAACCGACAGUCUCGGUGCUCGACCACCACAAGUGCUGCCCACAGGAGUACCCCCAGAGGUCCACCGUGCAAGAGAGUCCGCCUUGGCAAGUCUAAAUAGACUACAAGUCAUGCUGGCCGAGCCGACAGAUUUGCUGAAAAAUCUGGCAAGCCAUGUACAACUGCUUGCCUCGAUACAAUGGCUUGGCGAGUAUCAAGUCCCAGCUUGCAUCCCGUUAGAAGGCACAGCAUUGGUCAAGGACAUUUCCAAUCUUAUCGGGGUCUCAGAAAGUCAGCUUAUCCGAGUCAUCAGAAUGGCUACCACUGGCGGCUUUCUCCAAGAACCUCAACCAGGCUAUGUAUCCCAUAGCGAGAUUUCCGCUGUGUUUGUCACAAAGCCAUCAUAUCUCGACGCAGCCAUGUUCUUGGCGGAAACGGCUGCCCCUGCUGCGUUGACCAUGGGUACAGGUAUCGGACACGACUCCGACUCCGAUGAGCGAAAGGAUGGAGUCUCAUGUUUGUCCCCUUUUGCCACUGCCCGUGAAGCCAAAUUGCCCCGCCUACAACGGCAGUGGCCGGCCUAUCUUCGAUAUGGAACAGGCCAUGUGUGUGACACGGCGACCGAUGUCCUGACUUGUCUUGAGGGAAUCCGCACGGUAAAUGAGUCUACUGUUGUCGAGGUCGGCGCACGAUCCACCGAACGGGCCAUCACUCUUGCAAACCAAUAUCCAUCGCUUCACUUUAUAGUUCAGCUUCAAUCCCCUCGAAAUGACCGGCUUCCACCACCAAAUCCCAAGAUAACCAUCUCGCACCGGCAACCAGGAUCGCCGCAGUCAAUUUCCACCGCAGCUCUGUACAUCCUUAAUUUUCCCUACCCUAUGCCAGGACCCUCAGCAGCCUCGACAUCGACCCUCUUUGCGGCUGAGCUUCGCGCACACCUCCCUGUAUUACGGCUCAACCGCUCCGCUACGUUGGUCGUCAUUGCCCCUUCUACGUCGGAGUUGGACGAAGAGGUAAGACUGACUCGAGUCCGUGAUUUAUCCCUACUGCAACUGGCGAGACAACGCGAGUUGCGACUACCCGAGGUGGUUAAUGUACUUAAUGGAGUCAGUGAUGGGGAGGGGAGGAUGGUGCUGGUGAACCAAGUGCGAUCUGUGGAAAAGCAUGGGGUAAUUGCAUUAGAAGUGAAGUAUCAACCUCAUGAAUAUGUCCGAUGA